AUGAAUCAAAUAGAAAAUAUAAGAAGUGAAAAUCUAAAUAUAAAAGAGUUAUACAAACAAAUAUAUGUUAAAAAGAAUAGGGCAACAGAGUAUGAACGUAAAGGAGAUAUUUUACAAGCAAUAUUGAUAUAUCAAUCAAUCCUAAAAGCAGUAGAACAGAAUUCAUGUAUUUUGAAAAAAUCUUCUAUUUGGUGUUGCAAGAAAUCGGAAAAACAAAUGAAAGAAAUGAUAGAAAUGUAUUGUUCACAAGCAAAAUCAAAAAUUUUAACAUUGAGCGUUUCUAUUAAAGCAAACCCCGAGUUAUUUGGCGUUGUUAAUAAUGAAAAUUUUUCUUAUAAAGACAAUAGCAGUGAUUUUCUACCAUCAGAAAGCAUCAACCGUUGUUCAAAAGAAAUAGGGGAGUACUAUUUUUCAUUCUUAAAAAAAAUUCAACGAGUAUCAAGUUUUCAAAAGCAAAAAGAUAUCUUUUCACAAUCCAUACGAAUAUCAAACCCAAACAAGGGUUUUUUUUUUGAAAAUUUAUUUAAGAAUAAAGGUUUAAAGAAAGAAUCACCUAAAGAACAUUACCCGCAAACUAGAAGAACUUCUCAACCUAAACAAUUUCCUCAAACACUUCGUCAAGCAAAAUCUCGCUCAUCAUUGGUACAAAAUAAUGCAGGAAAAGCAGCACUAUAUGCGUGGAAUAGUGGUGUCAAUUCAAUUGUUCAUUCAUUAAAAACAAAUGAAGCAAAUGGAGAUAGUCCCCAACGUUUAAACGAUUCAACUAUUCAACUCUGUUCAUCUUUAUUUUCUACAUCAUAUAAAACAUCAUUAAACGAAUAUCAAACAUCUAAAGCAUAUCCUAUUCCUGGUGAAUUUCAACCGAAUGAUUAUAUAGAUUCACACGUUAACAAAAAUGAUAUAAUCGAUGAAUUAUCAAAUUCAACACUUAAAGGGCAUUCAGUAUUUUAUAAGACAUCAACUCAUAUUCCUUCAACAUCUAUUUCAAUAUCAGAUAUAGAGCCCUCUUCCUUUCCAAACCUAUACUAUACAUCACAAAAAAACGUAUCAUCAAUUACACCGGAAAAAUUAAUGCAAAAAAAAUCAUCUUUAAGCUCAGUGUCGCCAAAUGCAUUUAAUAGAAACGUUUGUAGGCCAUCUAAAGAACAAUAUAAUAGUAUUAGUCCUAUAAAAAAUCGAAAACAUGAAAAUGAAAUAACUCUUGAUGAUAACUUUAAAAGUAUUUCUUUAGAUUCACAAAAUAAAAUUGAAAAAGUGAGCACAAAAGAAAAGGAAGAGACUAGAGAACAACGAGCAAUUAAUAGCCUUAAAAAUAUUAUUGAUGAAAAUUUACUACAAACAAUUAUAAAUGAUAUUGUAAUUAAAGGAGAUGAAGUUUUAUGGGAAGAUAUAGCAGGCUUAGAAGAUGCAAAGAAUACUCUUAAAGAGACUGUUAUAUAUCCUUUAUUAAGACCAGAUUUAUUUAGUGGUUUAAGAGAACCAGCUACAGGUGUUCUUUUAUUUGGUCCUCCUGGUACAGGAAAAACAAUGCUUGCAAAAGCAGCAGCAACUCAAGCAAAAUCAACAUUUUUUUCAAUAUCAGCAUCAUCUUUAAUGUCUAAAUUUCUUGGUGAAUCCGAGAAGCUUGUACGUGCUUUGUUCGCUCUAGCGAAAAAAUUAUCCCCCAGUAUUAUCUUUGUUGAUGAAAUAGAUGCUCUUUUGUCUUCUAGAAGAGAAGAUGGAAAUGAACACGAAGCAUCUAGGCGCUUAAAAACAGAAUUUUUAAUCCAAUGGUCAUCAUUAGCAACGAGCGUUGUGGGGAAAGUGUCAGAACCCAUUCCAAAAGUUUUAGUGUUAGCAGCAACAAAUAUUCCAUGGUCAAUUGACGAAGCCGCAAGACGUCGAUUUGUUCGGCGACAAUAUAUACCAUUACCAGAACGUAAUACAAGAAUGCAACAAAUUCUAUAUUUAUUAAAAUAUCAAACUCAUACAUUAUCAGACAAAGAUAUAGAAAACUUAGUUGAUAUUACUGAAGGAUAUUCGGGAUCAGAUAUUACUGCUUUAACAAAAGAUGCUGCAAUGGGACCACUUCGGUCUUUAGGCGAAGCUCUAUUAACAACUAGACAGGAUUUAAUUCGACCGAUCUGCAUAGACGAUUUUAGGGCAAGUCUUCGCUCAAUUAGACCAAGCGUAAGCCAAAAGGGAUUAAUAGAAUUCGAAAAAUUCAAUAAAGAAUUUGGUAUGCAAAGUUAG